GUUGGAAAAGAUGAGGAUGUGUGGAGGUUAUUGGCACUGGGAUCGGAGCUGAAGGGGAAAUCAGAAUUGACACUGCGUCACUUUGAAUUUGGACCAACACUGAAUCUCACCCACUCUCUCUCACACACACAACACAUUCACUCUCUCUCUCCCUCCCUCUCUUCCACACUCACUCACUCCCAGCGACACGGCAACAUCGCAACUUUAACCUGCACAAGUGCAGUGAAACUCAUCUCCUAACUGAGAGUGAGAGGUUGGAGUGAGUGCAAAACGGAGAGGAGCUGGUUCCCGAGGGGGGGACGCAGAAGGAGAAAGAAGGGGAACACCAGUGAGACUAAAAUCCUGCCCUCCCAGCAGUUUGGACAUGUGAACCUGGCUCAAGCACUGCGGGACAUUACACGCCGUUGCAAACAGCGGGAAAGUAGAGAGGGAUAAGACUACCCCACUCCGUCCUUGACUACACAAGCCCAGCCCACAGCGAGUUCUGAAAAGAGUGAAGAAGAUGGAGUCCUGUGGAAUGGAAAGUCAUCUUUGUCGGCAGGAUGUGUAACUGUGAGCAUUAAGGAAUGGAUCAGGAAAGUGAGGUCGACUUAUCCAAUCUUGCCAUAACGCCGCUGUGGCGGAAGAGACGACCAAUCCCCAAAUCGCCCAAUAUGAGGUCUUUGAACCGUCGCAGCAAGGCAAGGCCAUGCUCGUACCAAAUCGAUGGCAUCCUGGUGACAGAUUUCCCAACAGACGGCAACAUCCCUACCCAAAACGGAAACAUUGCUUCACCUCCAGAUGGCCACCUCCUGCUCCAGAGGCAGCCCUCCACCCAUUCACUUCCAACACCUGAUAAACAGCGCUUCGUGCUGAGCACCGACAGUGCCGUGUCGCUCAAGAACGGAACGCAGCAGAUCAUUCCCAAGGACCUGGCAUCCGCUAUUAAGAUCAAGAACCACCAUCAGAACAAUCAGAAUCUGGAGUUUCGUACAAGGAGCCGUCGAGUGCAGAGUAUGGUUGAGACGGUCAAAGACCCGCUUGUACCGAAACUGGAGCUGGACGGAGACACAGACCCUGAUCUGGAGUGCCCAGGCCAGCUCCGCAGGGGACUGAGGUCCACCUCGUACAGAAGAGCGGUGGUCAGUGGCGUUCAUUUUGACAACUCGUCGAGCGUAAAGAACAACAACCGCAGGUCCCAACCCAAUCUGAAGACCGUCCUAGAGGACAAAGAGAAGUUCCCCAGUCUGUGCAGAGGAAAGGAACACGAGAAGAAGCAGCUGUCAAAUAAGGGCCCAUUCGAUGGCGAAGAAAAUGCGGUGCUUUAUCAGAACUAUAAAGAGAAGGCUCUGACAUUGAAUAACGGAGAUUCAGAUGAGGAUGCAGACCAGAAUGUGCAAACAGUUGGGCAAAAGUCGGAUGAGAGAAUAGUCGUGCAGUUCAAACCGAUCAGGUCCUCAUGGACCCAGCUUUCUGAGGUGAAGAAGAAUGGAAUAUUGCAGACCGUCACUCAGGAGGAGAAAAAGAGGCAGGAGGCCAUAUUUGAAGUGAUUUCAUCAGAACACUCCUACAUGCUGAGUCUCGAUAUCCUGAUCCGCAUGUUUAAGAACUCUGAAGCACUGAACUUAACCAUGACCAAAACAGAAAGGCAUCACCUGUUCUCCAACAUCAGUGACGUCCAGAGAUCCAGCAUUAAGUUCUUCAAGGAGCUUGAGGCCAGGUACCAACAGAAUGCCCUGAUACCUGAUAUCAGUGACAUUGUUGAGAAACAUGCUACAUGUACCUUUGAACCCUAUGUAACGUACUGCUCCAAUGAGAUCUACCAGCAACGCACCCUGGAGAAACUCCUGAAUACAAAUCCAAACUUCAAAGAAAUCCUGACGAAGAUUGAAGCCCAUCCUGAGUGCAGGAACCUGCCAAUGAUUUCAUUUCUCAUCCUCCCAAUGCAGCGGGUGACGAGGCUACCGCUGUUGAUGGAUACCAUUUGCCAGAAAACGCCGAAAGAGAGCCCAGAGUACGAAUGUGCCAAGAAGGCUUUGCAAGCAGUUAGCAAGCUGGUGCGACAGUGUAAUGAAGGGGCAAGGAGAAUGGAGCGCACAGAGAUGAUGUACACUAUCAACAGUCAACUGGAGUUUAAAAUAAAGCCAUUUCCCUUGGUCUCUUCCUCUCGAUUUUUAUCCAAGAGAGGUGAGCUCAUGGGCUUCGUUGAGGACACAGGAAUUUUUUCCAAACGCAUGUCAAGGCAGCAGGUGUACUUCUUCCUGUUCAAUGAUGUUCUUAUUGUCACAAAGAAGAAAAGUGAGGACAGCUACAGUGUGACUGAUUAUGCCAUGACAGACCAACUCCAGGUGGAGCCCUGUGAGGCUGAGGAACUGAACCUGUCUCCUAUGAAGACUGCUUCAGGCAUGUUGUAUUCCCGGCAGAGUUCCGUCAACCACCUCUUUCGGCUCACCAUGCUGAGUAACCACGCGGGAGAAAAGGUGGUGAUGGUGUUUGGAGCAGAAUCACCGAACGACCGAGCACGAUGGUUCACGGCCUUGGGGCAAAAGGGCUCUGAAAGACAACGCCCAGACAGGACAACCUUGACCCAGGUGGAGAUCACCAGAACAUACCCAGCCAAACAGCCCGAUGAGCUGUCCCUCCAGGUUGCUGACGUGGUCCUGUUGUACCAGACUGUUGAGGAUGGCUGGUAUGAAGGUGAGCGUCUGCGAGAUGGUGAAAUAGGUUGGUUUCCAAUGGAGUGUGCCAAGGUCAUCACUUGCCAAGCCACGAUCAGUAAGAACAUGCAACGUAUGGGCCGUUUGCUGGGACUGGAGACAAACGUCUAAGAGAGGGCAGGAGUGGGCACAGGUUACGAAGGGCUCGGAAUUCUCUGCUCCGCCAUUCACUGAGGACGACGUGCUCGUGGCCUCACAAAGGGUCGAUCCUGGGUCUUUGCAUCGUCUUCCUGGGAGAAAGUCGCCCGAGAGAAUUCUCUGUGAUGUGGACUUGACCACUUGAAAGGACCAUUGGGGCUGUGGCAGGGGCAGAGAUGGGGGAGGGGUCACAGAUCAUUAAUUGCCACGCAGUUGAAAAAGUCCCAGGCUGAAUGCCUUGUCUAAUGUUGCACUUGGACCUCUGCAAAUCAUCGUUGUCACGGCCCAGUGAAGUGGAGGCUGGAUUGUUUUGUUUAAAUGGACAAGUAAGGAAAGAACAUUGGAUAGAGCAGCAAAAUCCAGAAGCUUUUUUUUAAUUGAAAGCAGCAAUUACCAAUUGGACAAGUAUUGUAAUUUCUUCAUGUAAAUAAUGGACAUAUUUUAAGCAAAGGUAUUGCUGCUGGACCAUUUACCAGAUAUUCAAAACAAUGAAGUCAACUACAGGGAUAUCCCCACUAUGUGUUUCUCUGUUGUUAAUGUGAUUACAAAGCACUGAAUAAAGAUGCAGUUUUAUUAUUAAGAAAAAGUUCCAUUAGAGUGAGGAAGGAGGAAGAUGAUCAAUGUUUACCUAUGGUCCUGUAACAACUGCCGCAUUGAUUGCCACCAUUUAAGCUGCUUUAACACUAAAUUAGUCCA